CGAAAUUAAUACCAAAACUAAGCUCGAUUCAAUCCUGCUUCCGAAAGAAUCAUCACCACGCUUCCAAUCUUUUGAAAAUAGCUCAAGGGUCAUCCACAAUAACAACUUACAGGAGCACUAAAUCAUCAGUUCAAAAUACCAAUUUGUUAGUUGUUAAUAAUAAUAAUAAUAGCAAUAGACACUUUUCAUACUCACAAAAGCAACAUCAAGAAUACAAAUCGUCAUCCUCUAAUGAAAAAUUACCACAAUUUAAUAUUCCCAAGUCGUUGUUAGCAUUGAUUUUGUUUGCAUCGAUUGGAACUGUCGGAGCAACACUGCUCAAGUCAGAUGACAAUAAUUUAAUUGUUUACAUCAAUGCAGAAGAGGAAGCAACACAAGAAAGCAAUUUGGAAAAUACUCAAUAUUUUACUUUGGAUCAAGUUGCAAAUCAUAACUCUCUUCAAAAUGGUAUUUGGGUUAUCUUUAAAGGAGGUGUCUAUAAUGUCACAGAGUUUAUUGAAGGCCACCCUGGUGGCACCGACAAGAUUAUGUUAGCCGCUGGUAAAUCCAUUGAACCAUUCUGGGAAAUUUACAGACAGCAUCACACUAAGGAAGUUUAUGAGAUAUUGUCUCAGUAUAAGAUUGGAGAAUUACAUCCAGAAGAUGCCAAAAAGCUGAAAGAACAAUUUGAGCAACAGAAAAGUAAUUCCAAUGAUAUUUAUGCCAAUGAUCCUGCAAGAAAUCCAAUUCUUGUUGUGAAUAUGCAAAAGCCAUUCAAUGCUGAAACUCCACCUACUCUCCUUUGUGAUAAGUACAUUACUCCAAAUGAGUUAUUCUUUAUUAGAAACCAUUUACCAGUGCCAAGUAUUGAUCCAUCAACCUAUGUUUUGGAAAUUACUGGUGAAACUUUGAAAGAUGGUCCAAUUAAACUCACUUUAGAUGAUUUGAAGAAUGGUGAAAAAUUCAAACAACACACCUUAACUGUUGCCUUGCAAUGUGCUGGUAAUAGAAGAACUGAAAUGUCUUGCUACAAGGCACCAAGAGGUCUCGGUUGGACCAAUGCAGCAGUUGGUAAUGCCAUGUGGACUGGUGUUAAACUUGUCGAUAUUUUGGAGGCCUAUGGAAUUACUGAGGAUAAGAUUUUACAAGAUGGAAAAGUCAAACAUGUAGAAUUUGUUGGAGCUGAUACUGAUGGAAUUUCCACAUAUGCCACUUCAAUUCCAGCAGAUAGAGCCUUAUCUAAUAAGGCAGAUGUCUUGUUGGCAUUCAAAAUGAAUGGAGAAGAUAUCCCAAUUGAUCAUGGUUUCCCAAUCAGAGCCAUUGUACCAGGAGCUAUUGGUGCAAGAAAUGUCAAAUGGUUAUCCAAAAUUAUCUUGUCUGAACAAGAGAGUCAAUCUGUAUGGCAACAAAAAGAUUACAAAACAUUUUCACCAUCUACAGAUUGGGAUAAUGCAGACUUUUCCAAAUCAAGUGCAGUUCAUGAUGCUCCAGUUCAAUCAGCAAUCUGUGUUCCUUCGCCAGAUUCUAGAAUUGCAUCUGAUUCUGAAACCAUAGUUGUGAAGGGUUAUGCCUUGGCAGGUUCUGGAAAUGGUAUUGAAAGAGUUGACAUUACAACAGAUAAUGGAACUACUUGGCAUACAGCUCAAUUAGAAAGAGAACCACUCAAAUAUAAUAGAAAUUAUGGAUGGACAUUGUGGCAAGUUGAAGUUCCACUCUCUGAAAAGGACAUUACGGAAGGAAAACUUAAACUCUGCUCCAAGGCAGUUGAUACAGCUUACAAUGUACAACCUGAAGAUGUUAAGAGUAUUUGGAAUAUUAGAGGAAUUCUCAAUAAUACUUGGCAUUGUGUUAAUGUCUCAAUUGAGAAUAAGAAGGAAUAAAUUUUUCAAUACUAAUUGAGUGAAUACAUUCAU